AAUGAGCAUUCUUUUGAAAUAAUUGACAUAACUUUAAUUUUUGUUAUGUAAAUACCGAAAAGAAAUAUUUAUGCCAAUGCAAAAUGUGAAUAUGAGGAUAUUGAUAAAAAAAAAAGUACUUGAAAUUUUUUUAAUCAGUCACUUUGAUCUUGAUCUCUAUUAUAUCUGAAAGUGAUUAAAGAAAUUCCACUCAGAAGUAUGCAUUUUGAAAGUAUCAUCUAUUGACAUAAAUCAGUAUUGAUCCGAUUAGCAGUCGGAUCAAUUGCAAACUUCCGUUACUUUUAACUUCUUAACUCCUUAUUCAUAAUUAAAUUUACAACUUCAAGUUUACUAAUUAUUAUAAAAUCAGUGUAUGUAACAAGAAUUCAUAAUGAAUCAAAAAGCAUAUAAAAUUUCGUCUUUAAUGAAAAGUGCAAGGGAAAUUAAUAAAAACAGUGAAAAACAACAAGAAAAGACAAAAAUUGGAGAUUCUUCAAAUAAAUUGUUCCAAUGGUUACAACAGACUCAAGUUGUCUCACAAGACGUGGAGGCGAGAAAACAAAAACAAGAUGAAAAACAUUUUAAUCCCUUUACUGAGCGUGAAGUAAAAAAUCCAACAACAGAUUGUGAUACCUUUACACAUUUGUUGAAAGCAUGUCUUGGAACAGGAAUUCUUUCAAUGCCAAAAGCAUUUGAAAAUUCAGGACUUCUUAUUGGCUUAAUAGCAACUUGUCUUGUAGGAUUUGUUUGCACUCAUUGCUCUUAUAUUUUAGUAAAAUGUGCUCAUAUUUUAUAUUAUCGUACUAGAAGAACACAAAUGAGUUUUGCAGAUGUUGCAGAGACUGCAUUCUCAACUGGACCUAAAUGGGGAAGAAAAUAUUCAACUUUCUUCAGAUACUUCAUUCAGAUAUGUCUCUUCAUAACCUAUUUUGGCGCAGUCAGCGUGUAUACAGUAAUAAUUGCAAAAAAUUUCAAAUCAGUUUUAGAACAAUAUGUUAAAACAGACACGAGUAUACAAGUUUUAAUAGCAUGUUUAUUACUUCCAUUAAUUGUAUUAUGUUGGAUUCCAAAUUUAAAGUAUCUGGCUCCAUUUUCCAUGUUGGCCAACGGUUUUAUGGGGAUCAGUUUGGCAAUCACUUUUUAUUAUUUGAUAAAAAACAUUGACCCAUCAAGAAAAGUUCCUUUAGUUGGGAAUAUAGAAAAUUUUCCAAAUUUCAUUAGUAUUACAAUUUUUGCCAUGGAAGCAAUUGGUGUAAUGAUGCCUCUUGAAAAUAAUAUGAAAACACCACAAAAUUUUGUUGGAAUUUUUGGAGUUCUCAAUAAAGGAAUGUUUUUUGUUACUUUAAUUUAUGCUCUUUUGGGAUUUUUGGGUUAUUAUGCAUUUGUCGAUAAAACAGCAGAUACUAUCACUUUGAGUCUUGGAAAUGAUAUCCCUGCUCAAUUGGUGCAGUUAUUUAUUGCCUUGGCUGUGUUUCUUACUUUUGGAUUGCAAUUUUUCGUUUGUUUAGACAUUGUGUGGAAUGGACUCAAACAUCGUUUUCAAAAGAAAGAAGUUCUUGCAAAUUACGUUGUGAGAACUGCCAUUGUAACUGGUGCAGUUUUGUUGGCAAUUGCAGUUCCAACAAUUGGACCAUUUAUUGGAUUAAUUGGUGCGUUUUGUUUUUCAAUUUUGGGUCUUUUAAUUCCAAUUGUCAUUGAAACAGUGACCUACUGGGAUAUUGGUUUUGGUCCAGGAAAUUGGAUGAUCAUAAAGAAUGUCAUAAUUGGUAUUGUUGGUUUAAUAGCUGUGGUUGCUGGUUCGAAAAAUGCUAUAGCAGAUAUCGUAGCUAUUUAUUCUGUUGGUGAAAACAAAUCUUCUUAAGAAAAAAAAAACAAAUGCAUACAAUUUCAUCAAGAAAAUUACAAAUGAUUCUAUAGAUUUACUAUCUAAAUAAUAUACAAUAACGAAAUGAGGAAUAAAAAUUGCUACUCUUUGAAAAAAAAGAGAUUUAACAUCAAAAUAUUUAAGGAAUUUGAAAUGAAAGACGAUAAUUUUUUAACGUUCCAUUAUUUCUCAAAUGAGAAACGUGAGAUACUCUCAAAUAAAAAAAAAAAUCAUUGAAAUCAAAUUGAAUCUGAAAAUAAUAUUUUUUUUUACUGUUCAAUGAAUGAAAAUAUGACAAACACUUUUUCUAAAAUAGAAACUCGCAAAGCGAAAUGACUUUUUUUAUUUUCGAAAAGUGUUAACUAUUUCAGUAAAACCAGUUGCAUUCAAUAGUUUAUUAAGUCUAAUUUAUUAAAUAUAAAUAAGAUUUUUUAUUCUACUUAUAAAUUAGAAGUUAAGCUUUUUAUCUCGUAUAAGAAUUUAGUGUACAUUACAGUUG